AUCAUGCGCCUGAGUUGCAACCACGACUAUACAGUAUCAUCCUCGUACUGUUGAAAUUACUACUCACGUCGCAUCUGAACAUCUCCUGUGUCUAUCACAAAUAUUCUGAGCUCAUGACCGCACGGUAAUACAUUAUGACAGCGCAACGUGUUACUAUAACAUACAGCGCACCUCCAGCGUUCCUAGCCACGGACCACUGGAAGCAGGUCUACGCUGCAUUGCUUUCUCAGCUCCCACUUCGAAACCUGCAUUGGAAAUCUGCGACCCGACCAAAUAUUCGCACUAUUCAGGAGCUGGAUGUAAACCUCGUUUCUGCAGAAGCUAAACAGACGGAGCACACAUCGCAGAUCCCUCAGACUGUUCUGGAGAAGCCGCUACUCAGUGCAUAUAUUGUCGUGUGUGAUGUAAGUUCGAUACGGAGACAUAUCGGAAUACAGUCAAGAAACAGAUCAAAGAAUGGCAUUCAACAGUGACGCAACGCAAGAACAUGGAAUGGCUUAUUAUCCACAUCGUUCGACCCGAUGCUAUUGCUACUAGCGGGCGUAUGUUUCAAAUGAAAGCUUCUGUAUUGGACAAAAUCAAGGCUGAUUUCAAUGUUGAAAAGCGUGACCGUUGUGUCGAAUUAGUUUGGGCAUAUGACUCAGAUUACGAAAACCCGACAGCUUGGGCAGAUUUGAUUGGAAAGCUCAAGGAUGGCAUUUUGUGUGCAUUCGAUGCCGCUGUGGCUCAGCGCGAAGAGGAGGUGAAGCGUUCAGAAGGCCAGAGACAAAUGCCUGGAUGGAACUUUUGCACAUUCUUCAUCCUGAAGGAAAGUCUCGCAAAUUCCUAUGAGGGCAUGAACCUGUACGAAGACGCUCUAGAUACGUACAACGAACUGGAAAUCUUGUUCUUCCAGGUUCUACGGGAGAAGAACCUUUCUUGGUUUGGGACUUUGAUAAAUCCAGCCCCGAAAGAUGAUUCCCUUCCCCUGUUGUCUCACUCGAAGAAGCCAUACCGGGACCUCAUCUUGGCCAACACGAUUUCGGUCUUUGAUUUCAGAACCUACCUUCUGGCUCGACAAUGUUCGAUACUGGGUUAUCUAGGUCACGUCGUUGAGAUUGCAAGGAAAGCCGUCGCGUUCCUCAGUGCCUUCGGUCGACGACUACGGGAUAUUGAGGAAAUUUUGCCUACUCAUUUCAUAGAAUCCUGGACAUACUCGUCUGCCUUGAGUGUCGUAGAGCAAUGUGAUGCAUGGGCAACUGGCUUGGAAAUGAACAAGGCAACUAUAGCCAGUUUUAACGCUGUGAAGGGGGAACUCGUUGAGCUUGCAAGACACCAACUUGAUAUCAUUGGCAUCAGUGUGGGGCAUCUGCCCAAUAGGCCACCAUUCUCUAUGGCUUUUCCGUCUAAUUCGCGAAGAGAUGGUGGCACCCCAGCGACUUCAUCCACUCAACGGAUAUCGAAGAGCGAGAUUCUAAUGGCGCUGGAAGAUAAGAAUGCGUUCUAUAAGGUCUACAUCGGCAUCACGAACCGUGCUAUUGAAUUGUACGCAACCGCGGGAAGGCGAAAGUUUGCGUUAAAAAUGCAUGGCGACUUGGCUGCGCUCGACGUACAUCGUGGUCGUCUUUCGGAGGCCCUUCAAACCUUCACAUCUCUACCUGCACACUAUGCUCCUCACGGAUGGACGUCUCUUGAAUCGUACAUGCUCUUCCAAGCCUUGGGCAUCCAUACAGCAGCCGAGAAACCGAGGGACCGUGAAUGGAUCUUUAUUCUCCUUGACUUUCUGAAGGCAUACGUUCAAGACCUUGGGAAGGAACUUCUGAUGAAUACAGAAGACCACAUCGAAUAUGUUACAAGUCUGGUACAAGCUUUACAUGAAGCUACGCAGGAGGCAGAGUCAGAUCUAUCCCAUCAUGACCAUCCGGCUAUUUCAGUAUCUGUUCCUAAUGGCCAGGCCAGAACCGCUGACAAUCGAGAUGGCGCAUUGCUGGAAGUCCAAGUGACGAAUGCCCUGCCGUGUGAUGUCCCAGCGGAUGAAGUUAUCAUCAACCUUACUGGCCGUGAUGGUGCCAAACUGACAUUCUUGGAAAAUGUAAAAUCAUUGAAGCCGGGCAAAAACGCCAUUACGCUGUUCUGCCAUUCUGCGACACCCGGUAUCUAUUCGUUACAUAGCAGUCAAGUACGAAUGUCCAGGCUCAGCCUCCACUGGCUGCAUUCGUCAACCCCACCACCUAGUAGCAGUAGUGCUUCUCGUUCCAAGAAGCCUCCAACACUCGUAUCCAUCCCUCGGGACAUACGCGCUCUGGACGUUCGUCUUCGCCAACCGCGUCGCAUGGAGCUUGGUACACCAGCACGUAUUGUCGUGGCUUUCAACACCGGUCGCAACCAUGUAACACGGGCAAGUGUCAAGCUCUCAGCACCCUCCGGCGUCGAAUUCAGACAUAACGAAGCAACGUUGAUCGACUCAGAUAAUGAUGCUUUAGAGGCAGGAGAAGAUACAUUCGUGUUGUCAGACGUGGAAGCCGAUAAGACUGUCUAUGUAUCUGUGCCACAUUCAGAUGCAUCUGCUUUCCAUGCUAUGCGGGUUAAUAUCACCGUCGAGUACACAACAUUAGUAGAACCAGACGUGAAUAGGUCACUGACACUUGUCCGAGUGGUACUCACAUCGCUUCCCCUCGCGAUCAAUGUUGAAGAUUUCUUCAGAGGAACAAGACUGUUCACUCGCUUCACUUUGUCUUCGACUUCCCACCAACACAUACGCCUGAAAUCUACCGAGUUGCGGGCGACUCGAGAUGACGACGGACUGAAGAUAGCCAAAGCCAUGCCGCGGUCGCGGACGGUUACGACUAUUACACCUGAGCAGCCUGGCAAGUUCCUGUUCCAGCUCGACUCGGCAAGAGGGCAAGAUCGGGAGCCUCUGAAACUUCACAUUAUAUAUCGUGUCCUGCGCGAAGAAGUGGAAUCUGUGAUAGAAUCAGCAGUCGAUAGUUCAUUGUCGGAGUCCGUGUCGCUACAGCAGUACCGUGCUGAGCUCAUAGAUACACUGGUACAAGCACUGGAGAAGGAUGCUUCGUGGGUGAACAGAUACGAGGCGACCGGCGAACUCAUCGUUCCUGGAAUCCCAGUACAAGAUGGCGAAGUCGGGGAGGCAUUGGCUCACCUCAUCGAGACCCUAGCGAAUCCUUCGUCGAAUCAAGAGCCGUCUGGGGAAUGGCGCGAAAUCAUCAUUCCUGUGGAUGUUCCCCAAAUGCAUAUUGUUGCGGCUGCACGCCUUCGUGUCCUUUCAAAUCCGUUCAAUCCGGAUGCUGUAGAAUCCCUUCCACCAUUGUUUGCAGGUCAACCGAUCUCCGCGCUUUUGACAAUCAAGGCGUCAUUUCACUGGGCUCCAGCCGAAGAUGUUGAAAAGCGCAGCUACCGUAUGAGAUAUGACAUCGAAGAGAGGACUAAAGAUUGGCUCGUGAGCGGCCAGAAGACGGGUGAAUUUAUUGCAGAGGACGAUCGGACCUUCACAACUUCAGUUACUUUGAUUGCCCUUCAUCACGGCCACCUCAUCCUUCCCAAGGUUUCUGUCGCAGCGCUACCUAUUCCUGGUGAAGGAAGGAUGAAAGCUCCAUUGAUACCCAGUUGUGAGACUUACCAGGCACACGGCGCCGAGGCUAUUUUGGUUCUUCCACGCGGUGGGAGGAGUACUUUCGUGGUUAACAUGGGUGGAGAGUAGACAUGGUUCUGGACCUGUUAUUAUACCAUAAUUUAUUUGUUCUGUUUCCGCCGUUGUACGGCGACCAUUAGAGACAUCGUGACAGGAUAAACGCCAGACGUAACACGCACGGCCUGUGUGACAAGGUCG